UCGCCAUAUGAUUAAGCCGUCUUAGCGGCUUUCCUCACCCCCGAGAUAAAUAUGUAAAUCUUAUUCAAGACUCGUAUGCACACCGCCUACCAAUAUUUCGCUCCAUCGUGAUAAUUCUUCAUUUCCGUCUUUAGCAAGAGAUAGUUCAGAUAAGCUGAUGUACUCUUCACUAGCAAUAAUUUUCAUAUUUUCACAAGUGGGUCAUGGCCACUUGCAUUCAGCAGUUGAAGAAAUGGAAAAUCUUAUGCGCGAGGAAUUGGGUUUCAUAAAAAAUUGUAAAGAAUACAUUGCAAGUCGGGAAGAGAAGCUGGCACGGGUCAAAGUUAUCGUCGACAGCUUGAACGCGGAAGCGGGAGAAGCGAUUGUCGAUGCUCAACAAUAUUUAGGUCAUCCUGUCAAUCAAUAUCUUCUCUUAAAACGUCUGAUAACGGAGUUUGAACUGAUAACAGAUUUAACUGAUAAGAAUCUGACAUUUGCUGAUAACUUAUCGAAGUUUAGAACAAACCUUCCUGAUAGAGAAGACAUCAAAGAAAGUGCUAAGGAACUUAUAAGAUCACAGGGAUGGAAAGACAAGUCUAUGGAAGAUUUCGUUGUCAUAAGCAAGCUGGAUGGCCCAAGAUCGAAACUAGGUCGAACACACGGCAAAGGAGACGAGGGUGAUGCAGUAGAGAAGGUUUACUACUCAAAUUGGAGUUCGAAACUUGAACAUAAAGACUCAUAGAACCUGAGAAGAAUUUGUAAAAGAAAUGUGUCGCGAGGAGGGGGGACCUUUCUGUCUUCAAAUCGAUAAAAAAAAUCAAAACCAGGUAACAUGGGUUGCCAAUAAAUGGAUGUACAAAAAAGACCAAGAACUCAAACGAUCUUGUGUUCCUAACAAAAAUGCCGAAAACAGUAUUUUUCAAUUUAAAUCUUCGAAGUUAUUUAAAUAAAUUGCCCUUUCCCCCCACCCCGCUUCCUGAAAUGUGAAAAAAAAAUCAAUCUGCAAUGUAUCAUACAUAGCAAUUUUUCGCAGCUUGGAACGCAUUUUAGACGCUCACGACUCUUGAAAACCAACGGACCUGGCUGAUACGGUCUAAAUUGGCAAUUAGAAAUUUUAGAGACCUCCCCCCCCCUCCUGUUUAAAAAUUCUUCUGAUCUUGUCAAAUGUUUCCUAUUUUAGCUCUCUGUCCCACAUAUUUCAGCCCCCACUCCUGUUUGAAAAUUCUCAUGCUCUUGUUAAAUGUUUUCUAUUUUACCUCUCUGUCCUAUAUAUUUUAGUUUGUUUAAUAUUUUUGUGUAUUAUUAUUGUGAAUAAAACAGAAGCAAUUGGUUUGAAUUACUAUUGCACAUUGGCAUCAGU